AUGGUUGAAUUUGGCCAGAUAUAUGCUUUCCCGGGUAACCCCCGGGGAGCACGAGCGCAAGUAAUCGCCGCCCUCGGAGGCCUAGACGUGCCCUUUACCCCAGGCUUCAUUCCUCUCCACACUAACCGGACAGAGGAAUUUAAGCAGAAGUUUCCCAUGGGCAAGAUCCCGACACUGGAAGUGUUUGCUAAAGACGCUGAGGGAAACCUCAUCAAAGACAAGGACGGCAACAACGUUGUCAAGUUCUCCCUCGUGGAGGGCCUCGCCCUCGCCACCUACCUCGCCAGUAAGGGGGGCAAGGCCUCUCAGCUCCUAGGCACAACUGACGAGGCGUCAGCCAAGAUCAUGGAGUGGGUAUCCUUUGCCGAAACCGAGCUCACUAUACCAUCGGGCGAUCCCAUCACGAUGACCGCCCGCCCACUUCAGCGGUUUAAUGAGAAGUUAUACCAAAAGAAAUGCAAGGCCGUGGCUCAAGCCCUAGAUCGGUUGGAGCUAGAGCUAAAAAAGGGCAAUAAAUUCCUGGUCGGACAGAAGAUCACCAUUGCGGAUGUCUUUGUUGGGUCUUGGCUGCAUUUCGGGGUGGCGAUGCUAGUUGAUGCCGAAUGGCGUAAACAGAUACCACAUUGUAUGCGCUACCUACAAGGCAUUAGCGAAAUACCUGAAUUCAGGAAGACCUUUGGGGACGUGACGAUGGUGCAGGAACGGCCGGUGGCACCACCACCAGACCAACCCCUGCUAGACCCGAGUGCGGAUGAAUGA